CUGUUCAAAUGGACGACAGCGACACUUAGAGGCCGCUCGGGUGAACUUAUCCUCAGCUGUUCCCCGCUUUCUACGUGUCUCCGGCUACGUUACGUCCAGCUCCCCCUGCUUCCCAUCCCGCACCAGCAACAGACGCUGUCCUGAGCGGCAGCUUGGCGCAGACAUGGGGGAAAUCGUGCUGCCGCGGCGCAUGUUCCUCUGGUGCAUGUCGCUCAUAUAUCUGGCUGCGUUUGUGUCUCUCUACGUGCAGAUCCCAGGUCUCUAUGGCAACGAAGGGCUGUUGCCCGCCCGCUGGCAGCUGCGGUACAGCGGUAAGGCCCUGGGGGAGCAGCUGCUGUCGUCUCCCACCCUGCUGUGGCUCGGCCCGCGCCUCGGCCUGGACACGCACACGGCCAUGGAGCUGCUGUGCCUGGCGGGAGCCGCGCUGAGCCUGGCCGCGGCGCUGGUGGAGCCUCUCCGAGACAGCGUGGUGUUCUUCUGCCUCUGGGCCUUGUACCUUUCCAUGUACCAGGUGGGACAGGUUUUCCUCUACUUCCAGUGGGACAACCUGCUGCUGGAGACAGGCUUCCUUUGUGUCCUCGUUGCUCCACUGACAUUAUUCAGGAGGUCCCAGCAGGUCAGAGAGCAUGAUCGUGUGACUUUCUGGCUGAUCCGCUGGCUGCUCUUCAGACUCAUGUUUGCCUCUGGUGUGGUCAAACUGACAUCGCGUUGUCCCACAUGGUGGGGUCUAACAGCUCUGACGUAUCACUAUGAGACUCAGUGUAUCCCCACUCCUCUGGCCUGGUUUGCUCACCAGUUGCCAGUGUGGUGGCAGAAGCUGAGUGUGGUGGGAGCCUUUGUCAUAGAGAUUCCAGUACCUCUACUGUUCUUCAGUCCACUUCGUAGACUGCGUCUUGGAUCUUUUUACCUGCAGCUUCUACUGCAGGUCCUGAUCAUUUUGUCUGGAAACUACAACUUCUUCAACCUGCUGACAAUCGUCCUUUGCCUGUCUCUGCUGGAUGAUGAGCACAUACACUUUUGGCUGCGCAAAGCAGAGAAGACUAAUAACCACGACUCUAAACUGUGGUCGUGGCUGUGUUACCUGCUGGAGCUCGCAGUCUGGUCCCUCCUGAUCUUUGGAACAGUAGUUUGCUUCGACCUGCAGCUGGACACCACAGCGUUUGCCAUCACUUCCAGGACAGCGUUCACAUACCACCAGUUCAACCAUUUUCUCAAAGCUGUCACAAUCCCCUGCGUCUGGAUCGGGGUUCUCUCUCUCACCUGGGAGGUCGUCACAGCCAUGUUCAGGUGUGCAUGUGUCUCUGGUUUCUUGAAGAGGUUCUGUGGAUCUGUCCAGUGGACUGUGUUUGCCGCCGCCGCUGCUGCAAUGUUCACUGUCAGUCUGGUGCCAUUCACCUACAUAGAGUAUGACUCCAACGCCAGGCUCUGGCCUGGAGUGCGUCGUGCUUAUGAGCUGGUGGAUCGCUACCAACUGGUCAACUCAUACGGCCUCUUCAGAAGGAUGACAGGGGUUGGUGGACGGCCAGAAGUUGUCAUUGAGGGAAGCUACGAUGGCGUCUCCUGGACGGAGAUUGAGUUUACGUAUAAGCCAGGGAACCUAAGUGCAGCUCCUCCUGUGCUGAGCCCACACCAGCCCAGGUUGGACUGGCAAAUGUGGUUUGCUGCGCUCGGACCUCAAACGCAGGCUCCAUGGUUUACAAGCCUCAUUUAUAAGCUCCUGCAGGGGAAGACUGAUGUGAUGGAGCUGAUCCAGACAGAUGUGUCCCGCUAUCCCUUCCACCAGCAGCCUCCCACUUACCUCCGAGCCCACCGUUACAGAUAUUGGUUUACCAAACUAAAAGCCGACGGUUCAUACCCACAGCGUUGGUGGAGGAGGAUCUAUGAUGAGGAGUUCUAUCCCACAGUCCACCUGGGCAACACCUUCCUGGAGAGCAUGCUGAACCAGUAUGGACUCAAGAUCAAUGACAAAUCGCCUCCACGACGCGUCUCCAAUACAAUCGUUGGCCAAGUAGUGAGGUGGGUGCGCUCUCAGGUCAGAGGUGUUCCCCCGCACACACUUAUCUGGACCAUCCUUGCCUGCACUGCCACCUUCUGUCUCCUCCGGGGAUUACGAAACAGCAAGAGUCACCCGGAGAGGUCCCCACUUGGUCAGAAGACUGUGACAGUAAGUGAUCAGACUAAAAAAACAACGGAAGACUCUUCAGAUCAUCCAGGGAAGUCAGAAGAACGACAGGCGGAGGAGGAAGAUGGAGAGGACAGUGAUGAUGAGGAGGAGGAAAGAGAGGACAAAGACACUGUUGGGGAUGAAGAAGAGUGUGAAGCCACAUCAAAUAGAGGAAGAUAAAUGUUAUCUCACAGAAACUGUCACCACGUACCUUAUUGGAAUGUUACCAAAGUGACCAAAGAAAUGAUUAUGUAUAUUUGUAUGUUGAUCAGUGAGUUGCAGAAACAUAAUUAGCCUUAGUUCACCUACGCCUUACUGCAGUGUGUUUUUACAGUAUACGUCGUUUGUCUACAUCAGAAUCUUCAUUAUGUGGAAGCUUUCCAGGUUUUGAAAUCUGUGCUGGUUGUGACUCGUAAAGCUGAACUCAAGGCUUUAAAAUAUCAAACUAGGUCUGUUCCGUACGCUGCAUCCAUGGAGUGUGCUGUGUAUUGUUUAUGUCACUGCGUUACUGUUUGUUUGUGGUUGCAUCUGUGUGUCAGCUUAUUUUGUUUUCUUUAAGUUUGUCUUUUGUUUUUGUCUUAUGGAAAAACCACAACCAGCCAUUGAUGAACUUUAUAAAAAUUACAGCUUUUAUAAUAUUAAAAUACAAUAAAAUAAAACAGUUUGA